AUGGAGUAUAAAAAGUACAAGUGUCAAGAUGUAUGGGGUGCAGAGGUUGCAGAAGUCAGAGCCUAUCGGUUUCUUGGUCUCUUCUUUGCACUACGCUGCGCUUCUGCGGUGGCCCCAGAGGGUGUGACUGGGCGGCACGCACAGACUCAGAGCGUGUCUCUGCAGGUGGACGUGGAGCGAUGGCGCCCCCCCGAGGAAGGAAGCGAUGUCCUGGUGCUACCAGACCCGCCCCGGGGACCCCUGCACGCGGCCCGUGCCCGCGCCUCCUUCUGCUGGAAGGAGCUGGCGCUGUUCUUGGAGGGCGAGGAUGUGCUGCGCUUCAAGAACGCUGUCUUCUCGGCUCUGGAGAGUGACCCCCUCUUCGCGCAUCCCCGUGGAAGUGAUCUCUCGGUGGAGAAGUACCAGGAGCUGAACUUCCUGCGCUGCAAGCGGAUCUUCGAAUAUGAUUUCCUCCCCAUGGAGGACGUGCUGGGAAUCCCCUGGAGGAUCCGGGCGCUGGUUGAGUGCCUCGGCAUGUACGACUGGUCCCUGGCCACCAAAUUCUUCCUGCACCUCCUGACUUUUGGAUCCACGAUUUACAUCUCUGGUUCUGAAAGGCAUUUCAAAUAUAUCCCAAAGAUCUUCAGUUUGGAGAUUUUCGGCUGUUUUGCUCUGACCGAAUUGAGUCAUGGGAGUAACACCAAAGCCAUCCGGACGACUGCUCACUACGACCCUACUACUGAGGAGUUCAUCCUACACUCCCCUGAUUUCGAAUCUGCCAAGUUCUGGGUCGGCAACAUGGGCAAGACCGCUACGCACACUGUGCUCUUCGCUCAGCUGUACACACCGGGGGGCCAGUGCCACGGGCUGCACCCCUUUGUCGUGCAGAUUCGAGACCCAAAGACCCUUCUUCCCAUGCCAGGGGUGAUGGUUGGCGACAUUGGGAAGAAGCUCGGGCAGAACGGCCUGGACAACGGGUUUGCCCUGUUUCACAAGGUGAGAAUUCCUCGCCAGGACCUGCUGAACCGCAUGGGCGACGUCACCCCUGAGGGCGCCUACGUCACCUCCUUUAAGGACGUCAGGCAGCGCUUCGGAGCGUCUCUGGGCAGCCUGUCCACAGGCCGGGUCUCCAUCGUGGGUAUGGCCGUCACCAGCUUAAAGCUGGCCGUGUCCAUAGCAUUGCGGUUCUCAGCCACCAGGCGCCAGUUUGGACCGACAGGCGAGGAGGAGGUACCGGUGCUGGAGUAUCAGAUGCAGCAAUGGCGCUUACUCCCGUACCUGGCGGCCACCUACGCCUUGGACCACUUUUCCAAAUCUCUCUUCCUGGACAUGGGGAAGCUUCAGCAUGGCCUCCUGGGGAACGACCGGAGUGCCACGCAGGCAGAGCUCGGACGUGAGAUCCACGCCUUGGCGUCAGCUGGCAAGUCCCUGGCCUCGUGGACUGCCCAGCGGGGAAUUCAGGAAUGCCGGGAGGCGUGCGGCGGACACGGCUAUCUGGCCGAAUGUCUUACACCCCCUCGGGCUCUGUUCCCAGCAGUAUGUGAGUGUGGGAGGGCCCCGCUGGGGGAGCUCUGCCGGGCGGCCUGUGCGGCCCUGGGAGCCACCCCCUUCCCUUCCCGGCGGCGACCGUGCCGCGUGCUCACGGAUCUGGACCUGAGCCUGCUGCAUCCAAAGCUCAGGAUCUCCUGUUGCGGCCCCCAGACGCUUGCCGCCCUGGCAGCGUACGAGUGGCUGGUUUGCUAUCUGCUCCGGGAGAGUUACCAGAAGUUAAAUCGAGAGAAGCAGUCUGGGAGCAGCGACUUUGAAGCAAGAAACAACUGUCAGGUGUACUACUGCCGCUCCUUGGCCCUGGCCUUCCUGGAGUUCACGGUGGCGCGGAGGUUCCACGAGCACACGCACCAGCCCCACGUGCCGCCCCCGCUGCGGGCCGUGCUCGGGCGGCUGAGCGCCCUCUAUGCCCUGUGGUCCCUGAGCCAGCACACGGCCCUGCUCUACCGAGGUGGCUACUUUUCUGGUGAGGAAGCAGGUAAAGCGAUAGAGAACACCAUCCUGGCCCUGUGUGCCCAGCUGAAAGAUGAUGCUGUUGCCCUGGUGGACGUGAUCGCCCCUCCGGACUUCAUCCUGGACUCCCCGAUUGGCAGAGCCGACGGCGAGCUCUAUAAAAACCUCUGGACCGCAGUCCUUCAGGGAAGCAGGGUGCUGGAGAGAGCGUCGUGGUGGCCGGAAUUCUCUGCCAACAAGCCCGUCGUAGGAAGUUUGAAAUCAAAGCUGUAGUCACACUGGCCAGGUUCCGACGAAGCUAAUAAGGACACGGGCCUCAUGUUCAAGUUCUUAAGGUCCUGGAGACGGCUGUCCCCUCUGAACCCACACCGCGGCGCUCACCCCUAUUGAGCCCACGGCGGGACGGCCCGUCCGAAGCUGGGCACCCCCGGAGUCACACCAGGACUGACUGGGGGGAUCCGUCGUAAUCUGCUGCUCAGUCAUGUCUUUCUGAUGGACUCCGCACUUUCUGAUAAUCAGAGCUUUGCGCAUUCUGUUUUCGCACGCUGAAUGUAAAGGUGGCGGCGGGUAACGGGAGUCGCUGGCCAGAUGGUGUUUUGCAUUCCUCUGAGAUUUUUUCACAAGGCUCUGCUUCACUGGGCCCUAAAGGGUGCCACACUGAUCUUUGUUCACUCUGGUUUGAUUUUCUCAUGUAAUUCAAUGGUGUCGGAACCUGUAACCUCGCUAGUUUGCACCACGGACCAUCCAAGUGACAUAAUUUAAGAUCCUUAAGGAAAAGGA